AUGACAGUGGCCUUGGCUUUCGAAAGCGAUGAUGGCUCGCGUGCCAUCGAGAUGCAGGUGCAAGUACAGGAAACUGACGUUGUGCGUGGAAAAGACUGCGACCUCUACACUUAUUAUGAUAUUGCUCGCACGGUAAAGCAGAUUCAAAUCGGUGGUUAUAAGAAAAUUGCGCUACAGUUUCCAGAUUCGCUUCUUCCGGAUGCACCGCAGGUGCAGCAGGAGCUAAAGAACGAUUUGAAUGGACAGUGGGAGCGUAUUUUCGUACUUGGCGAUACCUCGUAUGGCAGUUGCUGCGUGGAUGAGGUUGCUGCACAACACCUUGAGGCCGACUGCAUUGUACACUACGGGCGCACAUGCCUGAGCGCAACGACCAAAAUUCCAGUAGUUUACGUUUUUGGCAAUGCUGUAAUCGAUGUUAAUGAUUGUGUACAGCAGCUGUGCGACCACAUUGCUCAAAUAGAUGCAACAAAGACACUUGUUUUGUUGUAUGAAGCUCGCUAUCACCAUGCUAGCAGCAACAUCUUCAACAGUUUGAAAGAGAAAUUCGUCGAACGAAAAUUAGUCAUUGGAUUUAUGAAGACAUUCUACGAUCCUACAGCAGUGCAAAAUGCUGCACCAAAGUCUAGCGAAAGCUCAUCCUUAGUGCUUACAAUUGGUGGGCAGGAAAUUGUGUUGGAUGCGGAAAAUGCUGAAAUUUCCCCACAAACUUUAGCAUUUCUCUACGUGGGAGCAGAAUCGGCACACCUCACCAGCAUUUUGAUGCGCUACAGCACGAUAGACUGCUUCUCGUACUCUCCGGAAACGACGUCUAGCCGCAAGGAAGGCGCCAGUGUCAACCGUGCACUCAUGAGACGGUUUUAUCUCAUCCAACAAGCCAAAGAAGCACAAGUUUUCGGUAUUUUAAUGGGCACUCUUGGUGUCAGUAAGUAUCUCGACGUGGUGCAUGGGCUCCAGAAGCUGAUCAAAAUGAGAGGGCGAAAAUCGUAUCUCUUCGUAGUAGGAAAGGUGAAUGUGCCUAAACUCGCAAACUACGCUGAAAUCGAUGCUUUUGUACUCGUAGCGUGCCAACAGAAUACUCUUAUGGAUAGUAAGGAGUACUAUAAGCCUAUCGUGACACCACAUGAGCUUCAAGUUGCUUUAUCACCAUCCGAGGAGUGGAGUGGAGAGACUAAAACCGAUUUUAAUGAGGUCAUACCUGCGUUGAAUAAGUCUAUUCAUAGCGUGGAGCAAGCGACAAUCGAUGAUGAGGAUAAUGACAAGCCAUUCUUCUCUCUUUUGUCAGGGUCAUACACAACAGCUACGCACUCGACGGUCAACUACAGCGAAACAACAUGUGCUCUUACCAUGUCUAGAGAGCCUGAAGCACUGCAAGUAAAAAAUGAGCGAACAGAGCUUACAACAUACCACAGUGUGGCUGCAAAUUAUCUUGCUUCGAGAGCGUACCAAGGAUUGGAUCCACGUAUUGGCAAGACAUCUGCACACGCUGCUGUAAAUGGUAGCACCGGCAUCGCGCGAAGUUACAACCACGAGACUAGAUAG